AUGCCUUCUUCUUCCCGGGCCGCGGUGCGCUCUAUGGCCACCUUAACACAUGCAGCCAGAGCCACCCCCGCAGCUCGCAGCUUUUUGUCCGCUGCUCGCUCUUCCGGUCCUCGGUCUUUGAGCUCUACCCAAUUCGCUCAAUUCCCCCGCCUUCAGUCUUUCACCUUCUCCAACAAGCGCGCUUUUGGAACUACUGUCAGGAUGGUCCCCGGUGACAAGUACUGGGGUGCGCAGACUCAGCGCUCCCUGGGCAACUUCGACAUCAACCAGCCCCAGGACCGCAUGCCCGCCCCCAUUGUCAAGGCAUUCGGUAUCCUCAAGGGUGCCGCUGCCGAAGUGAACAUGAAGUACGGUCUUGACCCCAAGGUCGGCGAGGCUAUCAAGCAGGCCGCUGCUGAGGUUGCCGAGGGUAAGCUGCUGGAUCACUUCCCUCUGGUUGUCUGGCAGACUGGUUCCGGCACUCAGUCCAACAUGAACUCCAACGAGGUCAUCUCCAACCGUGCCAUUGAGAUCCUUGGUGGCACCAUGGGCUCCAAGAAGCCUGUCCACCCUAACGACCACGUCAACAUGUCCGCCUCCUCCAACGACUCCUUCCCCACCGUCAUGCACAUUGCCGCCGUUAUCGAGCUUGAGCAGACCCUCCUGCCUGCCCUCAAGUCUCUCCGCGACGCUCUCCAGGUGAAGGUUGACAACUUCCAGCACAUCAUCAAGAUUGGUCGUACCCACUUGCAGGAUGCUACUCCCCUCACUCUCGGCCAGGAGUUCUCUGGAUACGUCGCUCAGCUCGACCGCAACAUCGAGCGCGUCGAGGCUAGCAUCCCCCACCUGCGCUUCCUGGCUCAGGGUGGUACCGCCGUCGGUACCGGUCUCAACACCUUCAAGGGCUUCGACGAGGCCGUCGCUGCUGAGAUCAGCAAGCUGGCCGGCACCGAAUUCAAGACCGCCCCCAACAAGUUCGAGGUUCUGGCCGCUCACGACGCCAUCGUCGAGGCUUCCGGCUCCCUGAACACCCUGGCCACCUCUCUGUUCAAGAUCGCCCAGGACAUCCGCUACCUCGGCUCCGGCCCCCGCUGCGGUCUCGGUGAGCUGAGCCUCCCCGAGAACGAGCCCGGCUCUUCCAUCAUGCCCGGAAAGGUCAACCCCACCCAGUGCGAGUCCCUCACCAUGGUCUGCGCCCAGGUCAUGGGUAACCACGUUGCCGCCACCAUCGGCGGCAUGAACGGCCAGUUCGAGCUGAACGUCUUCAAGCCCGUCAUGAUCGCCAACCUGCUUCACAGCGUGCGCAUUCUCUCCGACGGCAUGAACAGCUUCAACUCUCACCUCGUUAAGGGCCUGGCUGCCAACGAGGGCCGCAUCAACUCCCUUCUCCACGAGAGUUUGAUGCUCGUGACCUGCCUGAACCCCGUCAUUGGUUACGACAUGGCUUCCAAGGUUGCCAAGAACGCCCACAAGAAGAACCUCACUCUCAAGGAGAGUGCUAUGGAACUCAAGGCCCUGAGCUCGGAGCAGUUUGACGAAUACGUCCGCCCUGAGCUCAUGCUUGCUCCCAAGGAGCACAAAUAG